GACAUGACGAAAUAUGUACAUCCAUACCUAAUACUGUAAUACACACAAUUGGAUGCUCUCAAGAACCCCUCGAAUAAACCCCACGAAGCCAACAGACGCCCGUACCUGGACACUCCGCAAUCUUUUGAUCCGCCAUGGGCUGGUUGGACAGCCUCUGGUCGUCGAACACGACCGACGAUCCCCUCCGCUCACUCGACCCCAAGCUCCGAGAAUUCCUCGAGAAGGAAUCGCCUGUGAAAUACAGCUCCGCGCAGCAGAAACAAGAAGCUGCGGCUGCGGCCGAAGCCAGACAAAAGCAAAGUGACAAGCAAAAAGAAGACGAGAAUGCAAAGAGCGAGGCCCCGACAGUCCCGCCGCAGAGCCAAUUCCAAGAUGGCCGGUAUGCGCACAUCUGGAAGACAUACCGGCCGCUCGCCGAGAUCGAGGCCGAGACCAAGAGCGACCAUGAGAAGCUGAUGGAUGUGCUAGAGGGGUACAAGGAGCGCAAGGGGCAGAUCGGGAAGGCGGCCCUAGAGAACUGCGCCAUAGAGCAGGGCGACUGGCGGAAGUGUAUGACCGACCCGAGCAUCUCGGAGCGCUUGACCAUGUGUCGCGACCAGGUCAGGAAGUUUGAGAAAUGCUACAUGAUGCAGACUCGACUUUUAAAAGCCCUCGGCUACCUAUCAACCUACAACCGCUCCCCCGAAAUCGAAGAAGACAUCCAACUCCACGCCGACGCGCUAUACCAACGCUUCCUUGCGCAAGAAGCCGAGAUCGCAGCCGCGAAGGCGGAAGGGCGCCCAAUACCGAAGUUCACACCGUUGAUACCGCGCCUAAACCAACCACAGCAAAAACAACAGCAAGAAGAGCUGUCGACGGAACAGCAGGAGAUGCUAAUGGAGCGGCUGAAAAAGGUACCCGAACAGGACCGCGUUACAGAGGAAGAGGCUAUUCGUGCCGAAUGGCGCGCGAAGGCUGAGGUCGCGUCGCAGGUCGAAGGGUUGUGGAGGAAACAGGCGAUGGAUAGACAGCAACGCAAAGAGAGGGGCGAGGAGACGAUGUGGGAUAAACUGAGUGGACCUUUUCGUGGAACUGGUGCUGUUGAAGGCGAGGGCGAAGGCCAAAAUAAAACCUGACCUACGCGUCUUCAUUCUGCUAUAUAAAGUAUACUCCUCUAUGCUAUACCUGGGUGCCUACCCAGAUAUAUAUAUGAAGUUCAUGAUGGAUGAUAUGGGAGGGAAUGAUACAUGGUGGGAUCUGACGCCUACAUCCAGUUACCGAUUUACUGGAUGCGAUUGUAUCAUAGUUAUUGCUGUUGAACACUUAUGUGUGUAUACUACAUACGUUUUGAUGAGAAGAAACUCUAAUUGAAUGAAAUAAGC